AUGAUGGACGUUUAUCAAAAUACGCACUGUAAUAUUGCAGCAGCGGAUGCUUCUUACAGCGAGCAAGGUUGCUUCUUCUAUCGUGAUCUUUCACUCAUACCUCCAAUAACGGUUGAAACGCGGUGGAACAACUUCGCACAUAACGGAUCCUACCAUGUGCACCCUAACACAGAAGUCUCAAGUGAUAAAAAGCGCGCUCUGGGAUCCCGGCGCAAUGUUGUGGCAGCUUGUAGUGGCCGCAAUUUGACCAGAGCCGAGGAGGACAAGUUGGAAGUCUCAAGUAAUAAAAAGUACGCUCUGAGAUACUGGCACAAGAUUGUGGAUGCUUACAGUGGCUGCAAGUUGACCAGAGCCAAGGACAAGUUGGUGGCGAUAUCGGGCCUUGCAAAGCGAGUGCAAUCGUUCUCAGGCGAUGAGUACUUAGCCGGUCUAUGGAAGAAGGCUCUGCUAUAUGGACUUUUGUGGAGAGCUCAGUGGGAGGAUCUCAUAGAAGAACACGCUUCCUCUCAAGCGCCCACCUGGAGCUGGGCAAGUAUAGAAGGGUUCAUAUUCUAUGACGACCUCAUGAUUCCCUGGGACGAUGAAGAACACCUCUCCAUUAAAAUUGUCACCAUCUUGGCUUCGGGUGUUAUAUCUGUUGCACUGAUGUCACUGGACAAGUCAAAGUCGGUUUCACCCGCUUGA